AUGGGGAAGUGGAGCCAUGAGGAAGGGCAGGUGGUCCUGAAGAGGAAUGGGAAAGAAGUCUAUCUGUUAGAAACACGUAUGGCAGUAUUUAUGGAUGAGGCAGGAGGAUGUGGAUACACAAUAUCUACCGUUGUGGAACUGAACGUGGGGGGCGAAUUCUACACCACCACUGUGGGCACCCUGAGAAAAUGCCCGGGCUCAAUGCUGGCAGAGAUGUUUUCCAGCUCAGUCAAGGCCUGCACGGAUGCAGAGGGCCGCUUCUUCAUCGAUCGUUCAGGCACAUAUUUCAGACCCAUCCUGGACUACCUGCGCAGCGGGCAGCUGCCCACGCAGCACAUCCCGGAGGUGUACCGUGAGGCUCAGUUCUACGAAAUCAAGCCUUUGGUCAAGCUCCUGGAGGACAUGCCGCAGAUCUUCGGUGAACAGGUGGCUCGGAAGCAGUUUUUGCUGCGAGUCCCUGGCUACAACGAGAACCUGGAGCUCCUGGUGCGCCUGGCACGCGCCGAAGCUGUGGCAGCGCGUGAGUCAAGGGUGCUGGUUUGCGUGGUGCGCACUGAGGAGGAGGAGGCGCGCUGCACGGAGCCCCUGCGGGCCCUGGAGGCUGACAAGAAGUCGGUUGUCAAAUUCGGGCCCUGGAAGGCGGCCCCAGACACCACCGACCUCCUGCACUGCGUGAAGAUGGACAUUGAGGCUCAGGGGUACAAGGUGUUCUUUCAGCACUACUCAGAGAAGACAUUCUGGGUCAAGAUCAGCCAUUGCUUCUAUAAAUUCACCUUCACCUGGUGGUGAUCCCCACAGGCAGGCAGGACUAUGAACUCUGGUGGGGCUUAUGUAAUUAAAAGUUGCCAUCAAAAGCCAUCUUUAAUUUCAGAAGCAAACAUCAGACGACUUCCAAGGUGUGUCUAGAGCCUUGCUCCCAAAUAUUUAUCCCCGAUUCGAGGACUUCCCAUUCAUUGGAACUGACUCCACUGUACUUGCCUAGCGAGUUGCAGCGGCUCCCUCUUCAAAGCCUCAUAUACCUGCCAGACCCUUCUCUUGAAGUCCAAUAACAAGGCGGAGAUAAGUUAGAAUGCUUCAACAAUGCUUUGGCAGGAGAUGUGAGAUAAGAGGAAAAUUACAGGAUGCUAUGAAUCUAGAUAGCACGACCUAAAGAUGUAGUCUACCCAGCCCCAGAUGUGGUUCAGUCCAUCUAGACCUGGCCUGUGCCUUCAUAAGGAAUAUGCAAGUUAGUACCUGGAGUAUAUGCUUCCCAGAUCUCCUUUACCACUCGCUGUGUGCUGGCUGCUUUAGCCUCACAACUGUCCUCUUCUCUAGAUCAGUGGUUUUCAAAGUGCAGCAUCAGCAUCACUUGGAAACUUGUUAGAAAUACAGAUUCUCAGGCCCCACCUUGGAACUACUGAAUCUGUCUCUGGAGGACGGCCCAGCAAUCUGGCUUACCAAGGCCUCCAGUUGGUUCUGAUGCACUCUAAUUUUAAGUCCUGCUCUAAAAAAGAACUGCCACCUCUCCCGUAUGAAGGUACAAAAGCUUCCCGUGGAAUCAAGCUGAAGUCAGUGUUCAUCUGAGAGCACAUUCUUGCUUUGCUUUCCUCCUCUGCCCUACCCUGCUUUCCUUGCUCCACUUCUCCUAAGAGCACUCCCUCAAUAAACCACUUGCACGAGACUCUCCAUUUCAGUUCUGCUUCUCAACCUAACACAGUACCUAACUCUAAGUAGGACGUGUGUAGACAUUCAUCCUUCUCUAAGGCCGGGUCCAACAUAGAUGGCUCCCUUUCCUGCCUGCCUAGUAGGGUGACCAGCCAUUCUGGGUUGUCUGGGACUGAAGGGUUUCCCGGAACACAGGACUUCCAUUACCCAAACUCAGAAAGUCCCAGGGAAACUGGGAAGUGUCGGUCACCCUACAGCCUACGCAAUUCUCCCUCACUUUUUCUUUUUCCUUUGGAACUUUGCUUCUGUGGUGACAGAUCUGGAAAUAACCUCCCACUCAGGAGAGACUAUAUGU